AUGAAGUUCACCGCCGGAAUGUGGUGCCUGCAAGAGGGCGUCCGCAUUGAGUGGAUGAGCAAUGUGGAACGGCUGCAGAUCGAGGAAGAGAAAGAGACUGUCAACCUCCUGCUCAAUAAACUCCAACGACAUCGUGGCGAUACCUUGAAUUCGACUACCAUCUCGGCCCAAGUUACGUCUCCGCAGGAGGGAAUUAUCGGCGUUAAGCUAACGCACUGGGCAGGUCAAGUGGAUAAUGGUCCACAUUACGAUAUCGAAAAGACAUCUGGACAUGCUAGUAUUCACCAUGACAAAAACGAGAAUACCUUCAAUUACGACAGUGGGUCGCUGAAGCUAGAUGUCAACACGGCCCCGAAUGAGAUGGGCUUUGUCUUUCGCUCCCCAAACAACAAGAAGCUGACUGGUCACUCAUUCCGCUCCAUUGGCUACGUUGGUGACCAGCGCAGCGAAAAGUACCGGUUUGAAGAUGGGUUGUACGCCGAAAGACAGGGAUAUAUGCUCCUUGGACUGGAUCUGGGUGUGGGCGAGAAGGUCUACGGACUAGGCGAACGAUUUGGUCCACUGGUCAAGAACGGUCAGACGGUUGACAUCUGGAAUGAGGAUGGUGGGACUUCAUCAGAGCUUGCGUACAAAAACAUUCCAUUUUACAUGUCCUCGAAGGGAUAUGGAGUGUUUAUCAAUCACCCAGGAAAGGUCAGUUUAGAAGUUCAAUCCGAGCGAACGACACGUGUCAAUAUCUCUGUGCUUGGUGAGGAGAUUGAGUACUUUGUUGUCUACGGCGAGACACCUAAGGAUGUUUUGAGGCGGUAUACGGCUAUGACGGGUCGACCUGGGCUUGUUCCGUCGUGGAGUUAUAAUCUUUGGUUGACGACCAGCUUUACAACGAAUUAUGAUGAGCAGACCGUCACUGGAUUCUUGGAUGGAUUCAAAGAGCGUGAUAUCCCGCUCGGUGUGUUCCAUUUUGAUUGUUUCUGGAUGAAGUCAUACCAGUGGUGCGACUUCGAUUUCGACGAUGAGAUGUUCCCUGAUGCAGGAGGUUAUUUGAAGCGAUUGAAAGAGCGUGGACUGCGUAUUAGUGUUUGGAUAAAUCCUUACGUCGGUCAAGCCUCACCGUUGUUUGAGGAGGGAAAGAAGAAUGGGUACUUCAUCAAGCGUACGGAAGGCUCCGUCUGGCAAUGGGACUUCUGGCAAGCCGGUAUGGCUGUUGUGGAUUUCACCAACCCAGCCGCUUGUAGCUGGUACAACAAACACCUGGAACGGCUAGUAGAGAUGGGAGUGGACAGCUUCAAAACUGAUUUCGCGGAACGAAUCCCAACCAAGGGAAUCAAAUACCAUGAUAACUCGGACCCUGAACGAAUGCACAACUACUACGCCCUCCUAUACAAUCGUGUCGUCUACGAAACACUCAAUACGCGCGUAGGCCACAAUCAAGGUCUUCUUUUCGCCCGUAGCACCGCACCGGGCGGUCAGAAAUACCCUGUGCACUGGGGUGGAGAUUGUGAGAGCACAUUCGAGGCCAUGGCCGAGUCUCUUCGUGGUGGACUGAGCCUCAUGCUGUGCGGAUACAUCUUCUGGGCAUCAGAUAUUGGUGGAUUCGAAGGAACGCCGCCGCCAGCACUGUACAAGCGAUGGGUGCAAUUUGGGCUUUUGUCGACUCAUUCCCGACUCCACGGCUCAUCUUCAUUCCGAGUGCCUUGGAUCUAUGGAGAGGAUUGUUCUGCUGUACUCCGGGACUGUGUGAAGCGGAAGAUUUUGCUUACGCCAUACAUUUUGCAAGAAGCCUUGAAAGGACACCGGGAUGGGACACCUCUGAUGAGGCCACUUUUCUUGGAGUUUCCAAAUGAUCUUAACACCUAUGCUGUGGAUACACAGUACAUGUUUGGCUCGAACCUUUUGGUUGCGCCUGUCUUCUCGGAAGAAGGUGAGGUGACAUUCUAUGUGCCGGAGGUCGAAGGUGCCGGGGACGACAAGUGGAUUUCGUGGUUCAAUCACUCCAAGACUUAUGAGGCUGGGCGUUGGUACACUGAGACUCAUGACUUUGAUACAUUGCCAAUCCUUGUUCGUCCAGGAUCAGUAACCCUGGUUAAUCCAACGCUCAAAGCACCUGAAGAUGAUGCUUUGCAUGGAAUACAGGCCUUGGUGAAUGGCAAGCUGUCUGCGGAAAGCACAUUUGAAAUCGUCAAUCCAAACCAGACAGACGAGGUCCUGAAAACAAUUCAGCUCUCACCUGCCGAUGAUGGAAGGACCAUUCAAUGCCAGGGAUAUUCCAUGGAGAUUGUGAAUUUGAAUUUGGGUUAA